AUGCCGCUCGACGACUACGCCUCCGCGGUAGGCGGCGGCCUCAAGCUCAAGGGCGCCAAAGUGACCAAACCGAAAAAGAAGAAGAGACGCGACAAGACCGACCUCGAAAAGAACCUCGAGACGGGCGACCAAGGCGGCAGCAGCAGCAGCACUGCGCUGGUGAAGCACCGGGAAGAACCCGCCGGCGACUCGAAAUCCAAGUCGAAAAAGAAGGGCGAGGACCCUGACGAGGACCGGGACAACGACGAUGACGACGAGGGCAGCGGCCGGGUCGUGCAAAAGACGGAGGCGGAGAAGCGGUAUGAGGAGAGGAAGCGCAAGAGGCUCCUCGAACUCGCAGAAUCGUCAAGCUCCCGCCCCGAGCUCCUCAAGACGCACAAGGAACGCGUCGAGGAGCUGAAUACGUACUUGUCCAAGCUGAAGGGCUCGUCAAGAGGGCUCGUCAAGGAGGCCCUCGAGCAAAGCGGAAGAGGAGGGGGUUGUUUUGUCGGUUGGGAUCAUUUCGCUUCUUGGAUGGAUUGGAUGGAAAGAGGUAAUGGAGUUUUUGAUUUCGGCGUUAUUGUAUACCCUUUCCAAAGUCUGGGAAAUCGAAAACAUAUUCAUCACCUUCGCGUUGCUGGUGCUGGUGCUGGUGCUGCCAUCCUGCCACGGAGCUCCCCUCCCUUGAUGCAGAGAGAUGACACCGCGAAAACAAGCAAGACAUCAAGCAAAACAAGGUUUCCCCAUCGUGAUGAUGGCCUGUUUUCUUCCGCUUCCGAAUUCUUCCCCCUCGCUCCUCCUCCUCCUCUGCCACCCCUAGACCAAGAUGUUUCUCAUUUUGUAUGCAAGGAGUGA